AUGUCCAAUAGUCAUUCGGAUUGGCACAUUGUGACUGUGCGAGUCCCCUUCGCAUCGGCCAGGCAUACGGCGAUUGCGAAGCAAGUCAUCGAGGUUGACCGAGAAUUACAGCCACAUGCCGUCAAGCGAUCGCUCAUCGUGGAGGACGAUAUCUUGGUGGCAACAUUCACGACAUUAACGGUUCGCUUAGCGAGAUUGACGGUAAACGCGUUCCUGGAGAACGUCGAGCUAGUUGUUCGGACAAUCGGACAGUUUGGCGAAGACGCGGAACGGGUGCCAAGCUAG